CUUUGCUGUCAAUGGCUUUUGGGACGUAUUUUAUGUGAAUGUCUGGGCCCUUUAAGUGACCAAUAAUGGAUAUUCUAUGGAUAUUAUGGACCAUACCGGCCGUAAUAGCAGUUGAAGAGACGCUCAUGGACUCCACCACAGCCACGGCGGAGCUGGGUUGGACAGUCUACCCCGUGUCAGGGUCGAGUGACAACAGCUGGGAGGAAGUGAGUGGUUACGAUGAAAACAUGAACACCAUCCGGACGUACCAGGUCUGCAAUGUUUUUGACAACAAUCAGAACAACUGGGUACGGACAAAGUACAUCCGGCGUCGUGGCGCUCAGCGCAUCCACGUGGAGAUGAAGUUCUCGGUGAGGGACUGCAGUAGCAUCCCCAAUGUACCGGGCUCCUGUAAAGAGACGUUUAAUCUUUAUUACUAUGAAUCUGAUGCCGACACGGCCACCAGAACCUCACCAGCUUGGAUGGAGAACCCCUGGAUCAAGGUGGACACCAUUGCGGCAGAUGAGAGCUUCUCCCAGGUGGACCUAGGAGGCAGAGUGAUGAAGAUCAACACUGAGGUUCGGAGCUUCGGCCCUGUGUCGCGAAAUGGCUUCUACCUGGCGUUCCAGGACUAUGGCGGCUGCAUGUCGCUCAUCGCCGUUCGUGUCUUCUACCGGAAGUGUCCUCGUAUCAUCACUAACGGGGCAUUGUUCCAGGAGACGCUCUCAGGGGCAGAAAGCACCUCUCUUGUUGCUGCAAGAGGAGUUUGUAUCCCCAAUGCAGAGGAAGUGGAUGUGCCCAUCAAACUGUACUGCAAUGGAGAUGGAGAAUGGAUGGUACCCAUCGGGCGCUGUAUGUGCAAGGCCGGGAACGAAGCUGUGGAGAACGGGACUGUUUGUCGAGCUUGUCCCUCUGGCUUUUUCAAGCCGAUGCAAGGAGAUGAGCCCUGUAUGCAGUGUCCCAUCAACAGCCGAACGACCAGCGAAGGCGCCAUCAACUGCGUUUGCCGCAACGGAUACUAUCGCACCGACUCAGAUCCCCUCCAGAUGCCGUGCACAACUGUCCCCUCAGCUCCGCAGGCUGUUAUAUCCAGCGUGAACGAAACCUCUGUGAUGCUGGAGUGGAUGCCUCCUCGGGACUCAGGGGGCCGCGAGGAUGUAGUCUUCAACAUCAUCUGCAAGAGCUGCGGCGGAGGGCGGGGAGGCUGCACCCGCUGCGGGGACAACGUUCAGUUUUUGCCCCGUCAGCUGGGCCUGACAGAAACCCGGGUCUACAUUAGCGACCUGUUGGCCCACACACAGUACACGUUUGAGGUGCAGGCUGUCAACGGGGUGUCAGAUCAGAGCCCCUACUCCCCUCAGUAUGCCUCAGUCAACAUUACCACUAACCAGGCUGCUCCAUCCACGGUAUCUAUAAUGCACCAGGUCAGUCGUACUGUGGACAGCAUCACUCUCUCCUGGUCCCAGCCUGACCAGCCUAAUGGAGUCAUCCUGGACUAUGAACUACAGUAUUAUGAAAAGGACCAAUCAGAAUAUAACUCUACCACUGUCAGGAGCCAGACCAACACGGCGGUCAUCCGUGGCCUCAAGCCAGGAAGCAUCUACGUGUUCCAGGUCCGGGCCCGCACCGUGGCUGGGUUUGGACGCUACAGUGGCAAACUGUACUUCCAGACCAUGACUGAGGAGGAAUACAACACCAGCAUUCAGGAGAAGCUACCUCUCAUCAUUGGAUCAGCAGCUGCUGGCUUGGUUUUCCUCAUUGCUGUGGUCGUCAUCAUCAUCGUCUGUAACCGGAGGCGUGGCUUCGACAGGACUGAUUCAGAAUACACAGACAAACUGCAGCACUACACCAGCGGCCACAUGACUCCAGGAAUGAAGAUUUAUAUUGAUCCGUUCACAUAUGAGGACCCCAACGAGGCUGUGAGGGAGUUUGCCAAGGAGAUUGAUAUAUCCUGUGUGAAGAUUGAACAGGUCAUUGGUGCAGGAGAGUUUGGGGAGGUGUGCAGUGGUAACCUGAAGCUCCCAGGUAAAAGGGAAAUGUUUGUGGCCAUAAAAACUCUGAAGUCUGGCUACACGGAAAAGCAAAGGCGGGACUUUCUGAGUGAGGCCAGCAUCAUGGGGCAGUUCGACCAUCCUAAUGUCAUUCACCUGGAGGGCGUGGUCACCAAGAGCAGCCCUGUCAUGAUCAUCACCGAGUUCAUGGAGAAUGGAUCUCUGGACUCCUUCCUCAGACAAAACGACGGGCAGUUUACUGUGAUCCAGCUUGUUGGUAUGCUGCGCGGCAUCGCCUCGGGAAUGAAGUACCUCUCCGACAUGAACUACGUGCACCGUGACCUUGCUGCCCGAAACAUCCUGGUCAACAGCAACCUUGUGUGCAAGGUGUCGGACUUUGGUCUCUCGCGCUUCCUUGAGGAUGACACUUCAGACCCUACGUACACUAGUGCUUUGGGAGGGAAGAUCCCUAUCCGAUGGACUGCACCUGAAGCUAUCCAGUACAGGAAGUUCACCUCUGCUAGUGAUGUGUGGAGCUACGGGAUCGUCAUGUGGGAAGUCAUGUCCUACGGAGAGAGACCUUACUGGGACAUGACCAAUCAAGAUGUUAUCAAUGCCAUAGAGCAGGACUACCGACUGCCACCACCCAUGGACUGUCCCAGCGCGCUUCACCAGCUCAUGUUGGACUGCUGGCAGAAAGACCGCAACAAUCGGCCCAAGUUUAGUCAGAUUGUCAACAACCUCGACAAGAUGAUCCGCAAUCCCAACACGCUAAAGGCCAUGACUCCGUUGUCUUCAGGUGUUCAUCUCCCUCUCCUGGACCGCAGCAUCCCCGACUUCUCCAGCUUCAGCACUGUGGAUGAGUGGCUGGAUGCCAUCAAGAUGGGCCAGUACAAAGACAACUUUGCCAGUGCUGAUUUUACUACCUUUGAUGUGGUCUCCCAGAUGACCAUGGACGACAUCCUGAGGGUUGGUGUGACGUUAGCAGGGCAUCAAAAGAAGAUCCUCAACAGUGUCCAGAUGAUGCGGGCACAGAUGAACCAGAUCCAGUCAGUGGAGGUUUGACCCUUCCGACUGGAGCAGAGGGGAAAAAAAAGGCGGUUGGGAUGCAGGGCUCUGGGUGCGGAGGAUGGAGUGGAUGUUUUUUUUCGCGUGACAGUGUGUCUGGUCUUCCCACCAGACUACCAUUCGUCCCCCGUUCCCCUCUCCACUUCCCUCUCUUCUCCUCUUAUCCCCUCACCCUGACUCUCUUGCCAUCCUUGGGGUUAGCUGUGGAGAGUUGUGGAAACAAAAACCCGUGUGAUGAGGCAUCAGAGGGCCUACAGCCAACCCACCUCUGGAGCCAGAAACAUGGGAGGUUAGAAGCGACCAGCAACACAUUUUUCAAUCUUCCACCAAUUUUCAUUUUGAUGUUGAACAUUUAUUGUUUUGGUUUGUUUGUUCUGAUAAUUUUGUAAAGAUUUUUUUAAAGAAAAAAAAAGAGAAAAACUGAGAAAUGGAAAGGAGUUUAUCUAAAUUUAUAGAUGAUAUAAGGGUGUACAUUAGAAGAACCGAGUAGGAAAGCUACCCUUUAAAAGGGCAAAAAAAAAAAAAAAAAGAAAAAAAGAAAACAAGGAAGAGUUGAGGAGACAAGGCCAUCCUCAACAAAGUGUGGAUAUUGUCUUUGCUGUUUUAAUUUUCGGACAUCAUGAGGAAACAGAGUUCUCUGUGGCCUUCUGAAAGGCAAACAGAGGAGGCCGGGGGACUCGACGUGCACCCUCCAGCUGUUUCCCCAGGAGAGAAAAUAAAUUAAAAAACCAUGAAAUGGACAACGUUUGGCAUAGACUGAUGUCAAAAACGCAUUCAUUCAGACUGACAAUUCACACGGUGAAAUCAACACUCAAGAAAAAGAAAAAAACUUUUUUUUUCCUCAUUGCAAGUAAUUUUCUAUAUUGUGUGAAAUUUUGUGAUGAAGAUUCCCUCACACCAUGCUUCCUCUCACUAUAGACAAAAUGACGUUUUGUUUUUCCUUUCACAGUGAAAUAUUCACAGCCUGCCAAAUAGAACGCUUCCCUUUUUUUUUGCACCCCAGUCAUGAUCCUGUACUGUACAUAUCAGAUGCACUUGACCUGCCAUAACGUGAUGACUCAGAGAAAAACAAUUCAGGAGCAGAAGAACCAACUACAGGGAGGAUUUAUUUUGUUGUCACCAUCAGUUUCUGUCCUUAUUUUGUGAAAAAAAUAGUUUGUGAGAAAAAAAAGAAACAGCAAAGCGACUUCCUACAUAGAUUCACACACACACAGAGACACACACAUAAAACAGGUUUACAUCAAAGUUCACGUACAUACAGUAUGCCCACUUAUAGCAUCCUCCCUCACGUUGUUCAUCUCCAGUGCCGUCUCCGGUGCCGUCUGUGCGUACGUGCACAUGUUGCACACGCAUACCAUGUGCACAAAGAAGCAGUGGCUCCUGAAGCGUCGGGACUCGUGUUUGAUAGCAUGCUGAGUGAGUGGUUAAUUUCACAGUGCUUUGAUUUGCUGCAAUUACUAGAACUCUGUUUGGUAAGAGCUUGGAUUUGACACACUUUACGGAGUAUAAUGUGGCUGCAUUAUAUUCAGCGUUUCUUCUUCUUCCAGUUUUCCUUUUGAAAAGACAUUUUUAUGUUUUAAGUAUUAAAGUUUUGAUACCACACAUGGUUAUUUUACACACGCAGUCACAAGUAGAUCUUACAAUCAGGCAUUUGUUGAAUUAAAACAAAAAUGCAAUGUGUUAUAUUAUUGCAGUUUCUGUAUGAAUAUUAUUGAAUUAUAAUUAUUAUUACUUUUAGUUUGUUUCUGUUUUUAUUUUCUGCACUGAGUCUCCUGUUUGACUCCAGCAAACACUCUGGGUCCUUCAGGAAUGCUUUGAAUUUAUUUUUGGAACAUGAAUCAUGUUGGUGCACAAAACCCAUGUAGAUAAACAGCUUUCCCCUGCAACAGGUUUUGAUUUCGUUUUAUAGACAGUAUAUACAUUUAUUGUAUGGUUUCCUGUGAACAAUACUGUCUUAUGAGUACAAAGCUGUCAAUUAUUGUUUGUGUUGUCUUCACUAACCUGGUGUAAGGGUUAUGGAGGGGGGAAAGAUGGAGUUUGUAGCAAUGCAGUGAUUCCCCUGAGAUGGUGAAUCAGGCAGGGGUUUAUGUACACAGCCAGUAAAUGAUAUCAGCGGUGCAAAACUCCUACUGGGCUCCGCUCUGAGACCUGACAGCCAGACAUGGACGUCCAGCUGUGAGCCAUUGGUCAGAUGUGUCCGGUCACAGCGGGGCAGCCCCACCCCGAUCACAGCCGCUCUGUCCAGGCACUGAUUCCCUCUCUCUCCCCUUGAUCACAUACAUGCCUGUCGACCACCUGUCUGCCGCUCCCACUGAUCUCCUCACAGUCGGCUUUCAGCAGUUGUCUGGUUUCGUCUUGGCGAGUUUAAGAGCAUCAACAGCAGCAGGCGAACUGACACUCAUCAUCAGUGGGGCAGUUGUGUCUUGUCUUGUCCUGAUGCUGCAUCCAACCAUGUGGAGGAAAAAAAAAAAAAAAAAAAAGAUUCCUCCAGACUGGA